UAUAGUACCCAGAGGUUGUAGGCCAGGAGAAAUCUCCCCCCAAAAAACAGGCUGACCCUCCUCCAUCACUGGCAAAUGGACAAUCCCAGAAUGAACUCUUUUCUAGAGUACACCAUUUGUAACCGCGGGACAAGCGCCUACUCGCCCAAGAACGGGUACCCCCAUUUGGAUCAAGGGAUCGCAGCUUCCUUUCCGCCCUGCUCAGGUACGGCCAGUGACAGCUAUAAUAACGCUGAUGGACGCUUUUUCGUGGGAGGGAGCGCUCCCGCCGUCUCCGCCUCCCAGCAUCAGCACCAGAAUCCAGGCUACCCGCAUCACCACCCGCAUCAUGCUAACAUAGGGCUGCCCUACGCCAGUACCGGCCCGGCCGGGUACGGCUCCCAAACGUGCCCAAACCCUGAGUAUGGGCACCAGUACUAUCUCAGCCAAGAACAGCAGGACGGAGUUUAUUUCCAGACCUCCGGAUAUUCUGGCACCAACACUGGGCCCAAUUUAGGCGCCCUGGCUGGUUACUGUGGGGUACCGGCGACAGUGACCACGAAUCAGUAUCAGCCGUCAGCCUGUGCCGGCCCGGACCCCCAGCAGAGCUAUCUGCAAAGUCCCUAUGCCAACGUGUCCCCAACUCAGGGAGGAGAGAGGGGGCUGAACUGCCAAACGGAUCAGGGUUCCUCCGGGCAAACCUUUGACUGGAUGAAAGUUAAAAGAAACCCACCUAAAACAGCUAAAGUUGCAGAUUAUGGGUUAAAUGGUCAACAGAAUACCAUCAGGACGAAUUUCACCACCAAACAGUUGACGGAACUCGAAAAGGAAUUCCAUUUUAAUAAGUACCUGACCCGGGCCAGACGCGUGGAGAUCGCAGCCACACUCGAACUGAACGAGACCCAGGUCAAGAUCUGGUUCCAGAACCGACGGAUGAAACAGAAGAAGAGAGAAAAGGAAGGGUUAGCCCCGCGCGUCAGCAGGGAUUCGCCGAAGGACUUGGGAGACAACUCGGACCUGUCCAGUUCGUGCUCACCUGACGCAUCUCCAAACUCCGCUUCUUCAUAAAAAUAAUAAAUUAAAUAAAUAAAUAAAUAAAUAAAUAAAUAACUUAAAGACUUCAACAUUCCAUUAAAUACGAAUAAGAAAACAUACCAGAAAAUAAAAAGGCGUGUCUUAAUAUUUGGCUAUACUGAAGAUUACUGAAAUGAUUCAUUACUAACAAACUGUGUUGUGCAGCCCGAUUUCAGCGGUUCAGCUCGCUAGGAAAAUACUGCCAAUUAAAAGAAAGACACGUUUUUACAGUGCAACAGUAUCAGCUCAUGGAUUGUAUUCUGCCCGUGAAGUUGGAGGCGCACUUUCCGCCUGUUUACACACCUUCAUGCCCGUAAACUUUGUUUCAGUGUUAAUGAAUGAUUAAAAAUGAAAAGGAGGGGGUGGUUUCUGCAGGGGAAAAAAGUGUAAAUAUCCGUAGCCUCCAUAGAGUAUAUGCCUCAGAGUUUUCUAUUAAACGUGUAUUACGAAAUUGCAGGGAGCCAACUCGGCAGUGUAAAGUUUUGUGGUUUUUCUUUUGUAAAAUGCAGGACGUUUAGUUUUUGGUUUAUUAUUAUUAUUUUUUUUAGCUAUGAUGUAAUGUUUUUUUUUAUUAUUGUUAAUUUUUUGUUGUAACUUAAAGGGUCCUUAGGCUAUACGGUCAAUAGCGUCUAAGAUUAAUUAAUUAACAAUUGCACUAUUGAGGAAGUCAGGGUAUUGUUUUAUUCAUGGGUAAUUGUUCAAGCUACCACGAGGUAUAAUAAUAAUAAUAAUAAUAAUAAUAAUAAUAAUAAUAAUAAUAAUAAUAAUAAUAAUUUAGGAGUACAAUAGGCAGGUUUUAAUUGUAUUAAUAUAGGUAAUUCAAUGGUAUUUUUAUGUAUCUAUAGACCAUUGCCUUUCUCUAAAACAGUUCUAUUUAAAGGGUUCUAAAUCUAAUGGAACGUUCAGGAGUUCCAGGUUCCAUUUUGGAUUCUGUUGAUUCCUGUUCCUGUCGAACCAUGUGAUUUUCAGGUCUGUGUAAAGGUUCUUUAUGGAAUGUAAACAAAAUAAGCGCCCCAGAGCCACGCCAUAUGAAAGAUAUAGAAUUUUAUAAGAAAUGCGAGGUACGCUUUUCAUAUAGGUACAGGCGUCUACCAAUUUCAGAUGUAUUUAUUUAUAUUUAAUGACAUUGGGGAAUAAAAUGAUAGUCCAACAGUGGUUAAUAAUAUAGCAAUAAACACAGGGUUGCUUGUAUUAUAAGUGAGAUUCAGGGGCCAGUUGAAAAUGUCUUAACACUUCUGUAAUGUUAAACGUGAGUCUAUGAAUGUACUGAGUUUUAUCAGUAUCUAUUUUUAUUUUUGUAUUUGUUUUUUUUAAAUUGAUGAACAUGGUUGUAAAAAUUAAAUUCAGCUUUCUGUAACCGUGAACUACCUCGAAUAAUAAAUAAAGACUAACUUU